AUGGUGGUCUGGUGUCUCUCCAUCCUUGCCGUUUCUCGCGUCGGGUGCGGCUCUGUGGUGUAUUCCCUUCGCAAUGCGAUCUCCAUGACGCUGCUGCUUGUUCCCUUUUUUUUGCCUUCAUCUGCUUCCUUUCCCGCCCCCGUCACCCCCGCCUCGCUUGACGGCGACGACAGACGGGGAAACCAUUUCGUUUCGAGGGAAGUCAUGACCAAGGCGAACGGACAACACGCAGCGCGCAAGCUCGUCCGCCUGCGCCGCAAGAACCGCUGGGCGGACAAGGGCUGGAAGAAGGCCCACACUUUUGUGGCGCAGAAGGCCAACCCCUUCGGUGGCUCCUCCCACGCCAAGGGCAUC